AUUUCGCGGGCUUUGCAGUCACGUGAACUUUUCGCGCGAAACAAUACACUUGGAGUUUACAUCUGCAAGCAAGAGACAGAGAGCAGAGAACCGGAAUGGCUGAUUCAUCAGAGUCAUUUCAAAUGGCGACCAGCCCCAGUGGGGGUUCCAGGCGGGGGGAAUUAACGUCCAGCCCCGGGCGAGAUCUACCCCCGUUUGAAGAUGAAUCUGAGCUUAUUGGUGAGGGGACCAUACCAGGAGAGGAGGAAGAGGAGGAUGGGGAGGAGCUGUUUGGGGACGGGAUGGAAAGGGACUACCGUCCGAUUCCUCAGCUGGACCAGUAUGAAUUGGAGGGCCUGGACGAUGAUGAGGACCUGUCCGAACUGUCCCCCGGGGCACGAGCCGCGGCGGAGGCGGCCAUGGCAGCUCAGGAUAGGAUGAUGGGCCGAAAUCGGAGGGGGCUGCUGUACGAUAGCGAGGAUGAGGACGAAGACCGGCCGGCCCGAAAGCGUCGUCUGGCGGAGCGAGCGGCCGAAGGGGUGGCCGGCGAGGGUGAGGAUGAGGAGAUGAUCGAGAGCAUUGAGAACCUGGAGGACAUGAAGGGCCACUCGGUGCGUGAAUGGGUGUCCAUGGCCGCCCCACGACUUGAGAUCUACCACCGCUUCAAGAACUUUCUGCGCACACAUGUAGAUGAGCACGGGCACAACGUCUUCAAGGAGAAGAUCAGUGACAUGUGUAAAGAGAACAAGGAGAGCCUGGUGGUGAACUACGAGGACCUGGCCGCCAGGGAGCACGUGCUGGCCUACUUCCUGCCAGAGGCGCCCACGGAGAUGCUGAAGAUCUUUGAUGAAGCGGCCAAAGAGGUGGUGCUGGCCAUGUACCCCAAGUACAACCGCAUCGCCCACGAGAUCCACGUCCGUAUCUGCAACCUACCCCUGGUGGAGGAGCUGCGGUCCCUCAGACAGCUACACCUGAACCAGCUGAUCCGGACCAGUGGAGUGGUCACCUGCUGCACAGGAGUUCUGCCCCAGCUGGGAAUGGUCAAGUACAACUGUAACAAGUGUAACUUCAUCCUCGGACCCUUCUUCCAGUCCCAGAACCAGGAGGUCAAGCCCGGUUCCUGUCCUGAGUGCCAAUCGCUUGGCCCAUUCGAGAUAAACAUGGAGCAGACCGUGUACCAGAACUACCAGCGAAUCACGAUCCAGGAGAGCCCCGGCAAGGUGGCUGCUGGUCGACUCCCACGCUCCAAGGAUGCGAUCCUGCUGGCUGACCUGGUGGACAGCUGUAAACCCGGUGAUGAGAUUGAGCUGACUGGAAUCUACAACAACAACUACGACGGCUCUCUGAAUGUGGCCAAUGGCUUUCCAGUGUUCGCCACUGUGAUCAUGGCCAAUCACAUCACUCGGAAGGAUGAAGGCGUAGUCGUGACGGAGCUGACAGACGAGGACGUGAAGGCCAUAGUGGCACUCUCCAAGGACGAGCGCAUCGCCGAGAGGAUCUUUGCUAGUAUUGGUCCUUCCAUCUAUGGCCAUGAGGAUAUCAAGAGGGCACUUGCUCUGGCUCUCUUUGGUGGGGAACCAAAGAACCCUGGUGGGAAGCAUAAGGUCCGUGGGGACAUCAACGUGCUGCUGUGCGGGGACCCUGGAACAGCCAAGUCGCAGUUCCUCAAGUAUGUUGAGAAGGUGGCGAGUCGAGCUGUGUUCACCACAGGCCAAGGGGCAUCUGCCGUGGGUCUCACGGCCUACGUUCAGCGGCACCCCGUCACCCGGGAGUGGACGCUGGAGGCCGGGGCUCUGGUGCUGGCUGACCGUGGGGUCUGUCUCAUUGAUGAGUUUGAUAAGAUGAAUGACCAGGACAGGACCAGUAUCCAUGAGGCCAUGGAACAACAAAGCAUUUCUAUCUCCAAGGCUGGAAUCGUCACCUCCCUCCAAGCUCGAUGCACUGUCAUCGCUGCCUCCAAUCCCAUUGGUGGUCGUUAUGACCCCUCUCUUACCUUCUCGGAGAAUGUGGACUUGACGGAGCCCAUCGUGUCCCGAUUUGACGUCUUGUGCGUGGUCAGAGAUACCGUGGACCCAGUGCAGGAUGAGAUGCUGGCCCGUUUUGUGGUGGGUAGCCAUCUUAAGCACCACCCCAGCAACAAAGAAGGGGGUAUGGCUGGACUCGAGGAGGUGGUCCUUCCCAACACCUCGGAUGUGCCGCCCAUCCCUCAGGAGCUGCUGAAGAAAUAUAUCAUAUAUGCCAAGGAGCGCGUGCGGCCCAAGCUCAACCAGAUGGACCAGGACAAGGUGGCCCGUAUCUACAGUGACCUGCGUAAGGAGUCCAUGGCCACAGGCAGCAUCCCUAUCACCGUGAGACACAUCGAGUCUAUGAUCCGCAUGGCGGAGGCUCACGCAAGGAUGCACCUGCGGGAUUAUGUCCUGGAGGAUGAUGUCAACAUGGCCAUUCGCGUCAUGCUGGAGAGUUUCAUCGACACGCAGAAGUACAGUGUCAUGAGGAGCAUGAGGAAGACAUUCGCCCGGUACCUGGCCUUCAGACGGGACAACAACGAGCUACUUUUGUUCAUCCUGAAGCAGCUGGUUGCAGAGCAAGUGACGUACCAGCGAAACCGAUAUGGAGCCCAGCAGGACACGAUCGAGAUCCCUGAGAAGGAUCUUGCGGACAAGGCCAGACAGAUCAGCAUCCACAACUUAUCAGCUUUCUAUGACAGUGACCUCUUCCGCACCAACAAAUUCUCUCAUGACACCAAGAAGAAGCUCAUCUUGCAGCAAUUCUGAGUGUUCACGGCAACAGGAACCUGCCCGCUUCCUCCAGCUUGCUUCUGUAUAUAUUUGUCUGGGUCACGCUAUGCAAGAUGACAUGCAGACUGCGUGGACAGAAACGUUUGAGCUGACUUAUCAGUAUGUACAUACUGUACUCGUCUCGGAUUCUGCUAAUAGGUUUUAUUCCUAAUAGGUCACCUGGCCAUAAUCUGGCCAUUUAAGAUGUGACAUGAGUCAUUGUGAAUAACACAAGGUUGAUCUGUACUUCGUUAAGUGGUCAUGUUUUGUGUGGAACAUGAGUGAUGAGUUUAUCUGGUUUCAGGGGAAAAAAAACGCUACAUGUUUCAUCCUUUUGCAAUAUCAUUAAAGUUAAUGUUGAUGUGUAA